AUGGCGCCUCCAAUGAACAAACAGAAAGCAUCGGUCAAUCCGUGCCCAAAUCCUCACAUCCCGCCGAUCAGAUUCGACCGCCAUCAACUCCCAGCCAAUGGCUACGAGCAUUGGCGCCGAUCACAUCGCGCUAUAAGUGCAUACCGGGCGCAGGCGGCCAACAUGACGAAAGUCGAUCAGGAAAUCUACCUUUUACUUCUCAAGAAGGGCUACUUCAAGGUUGCAGAGAAUGCCUCCGACGAUCCCAGCAAUCAUCCGCUGUACAAAGACUUGGAAACCAGCCCUUCGUGGCCCAAGUACGUGAUGCUGAAAGCCAUCUACGACCAAGAAACCUUCAACCAGAAACUCCUGGUAAAGCUUGAGAUUGAUCUCGAACCAGUCUUUGGCUCCCUCGAAAUCAAAGACUUCACCUUGAUAUACAACCGGUGGCACCUCGAAAAGCGCAAACGAGAACAAGAAGUCGAAACGGACGAUGAUGAAGACAUUCCCAGACGUCUUGUCAAAAGGGAAUCGCCCAAGUUUACGCCUGCCGAGAAGAUAACCGUCACCACGACUCACACUCAGAGCUCUCCCCUCGAUGCCCGGAAUGCUGCCGAUCUCACUCUCACGCCGACAACAUGUCCAUUAUCCACCAUAGCAGCACGUGUCAUCAAUAUUGAAGAAGCUCUCAGCAAUCAAAAUGCACUUCUCAGAAGUCGAUGUGAUGCGCUUGAGACUUCUGUGGCAAAUCUUCAGCGCAAGAUUGACUCGAGCCACCUCAACCUGGUCGUGCUACUCACUACCGUCUUGGAGAAGGUUGUGGCUGUUGGUUUCCUGCGAGACGUUGCCACUCCACCUUGUCCAGCUAUACCUGCAGUGAAUGUAGCACAGCUUCUCAUCGUGCUGAGCGCCUCUCAAGGCCCGAGAUGUGACGCUAGGUCAGCAACUCUUCUCCUGCUCCCAUUGUCAGUAUCCAUUCUCGCAAAGGUGGACCAUGCCGCUGGUGGCACCAAGGGCCAAAGGGCUACACCCGAAGUCGAACCUUUGCAGCAGCGCUUCCAACGGCUGCUGGCAGUCAGUUUACCAUAUCCCUCGAUAUACAAGACGGUCAUCGAUGCCUCGCCGAGAAGUGGCCACUCGGGUGCUAGCUGCAUGAACCACGGCUAA